AUGGAAGAUGGGGAGAACUGCAUACAGACGAUUAAAGAUAAAGAAAAACAGGAAAUUGAAAGAAACAACUUGACGACUUUAAUACGCGAUUACUUAAAUAAGGCGGCAUAUACAAUUAGAGAUAAGUUUAUUCAUAAUACCCUUCAUUCUGCUAAGAAGUUUCUGAAAAAGCAUGACGAAAUUUUAAUCCUCAACGCUGACAAAGGGAACGUAACUGUAGCGAUGAACAAAUCAGAUUAUGACAUGAAGAUGCAGAAAAUUGUAAAUCACAUCUCAACAUAUAGGGGUUUAAAACGUGGCCCUACAAAUAAGCUACAAGGGAAAAAUAAUGAAAUAGUGGAGAAGAUGUAUGCUAACAAAAUCAUUGAUUUAAAGGAAAAGAACUACCUGACCUGCAAAACGGCUAAUAUAUGUUCGUCCGUCAAUUCACCGUCUUACAACUUAUGCAAAUAUAUUGUCCGCGUACUCAAAAAUAUAACAAUGACCUCAAAGUAUAACGUUAAAGAUGCGAUCGAGUUCAAAAACAAGAUUGGAAAUACCCAUAUUUAUGACGAUGAAAGUUUAGUGUCUUUUGAUGUCGUAUCGUUAUUCCCGAGCAUCCCCGUAGACUUAGCAAUAGAGAUCAUAGAUUCGAAAUGGAGUUUGAUACAAGAGCAUACGUCAUUAACUAGAGAGCUUUUCUUAACCAUAUUAAAGUACUUCAUUAAAGAGAACCGCUACUUCAAAUACAAUGAUAAGAUUUAUGAGCAGAAGUCAGGAAUGCCUAUGGUUUCAUCUGCUUCACCUGUCAUAGCGGAUAUAGUUAUGGAAGAACUUUUAAAUAAAUUCGAAAAAGAUUCGGACAGCAAACCACGGCUUCUUACCAAAUAUGUUGAUGAUUUAUUUGCGAUUUUAAAAACGGAAAACAUAGACAAGAUGCUCAACACUUUAAACAAUUUUAACAAAACUUUAAAAUUCACAAUAGAAAUAGAAAAUGAAGGACAACUACCACACUUGGACACCCCAAUAAUCAGAAAAGAAAGAAAAUGCAUUAACAGUUGA